ACAACAGUAAUAUCGUAUGAAAGGAGUUGUUCGGUUUCCACUGCCGCGCCCUGUACUACAGCAUACUCGUCCAACAUCUCUCCAUUUCUGAGAAGACCAACAGAAGCUCGGGUGCAUUGGCGAGAAGUGCUCUCCCGUCUCGUCAGUCGACGUGUACUGCACCAGGCGGCGACGAACAGCCCGAGAACCGCGAUCGAGCUCGCAUCCGUCACAAAAGCUGAUUCAUCUCCGUGCCCCAAAUGUCUCCUACCAGCGUCACGAGAGCGGGACUGCCUUGUCUACGCCUUCGCGUCCUAUUGAGAUGCCGCAUGGGAGACGCGGCAGGGGGAUGAACGAGACCACGCGUCUGGACAAGGGCGCCAUGCAUCCGGAAACGCAAGUGUCAUGCAUCCCACGCGGCUGCCGCCUGCCCGAAUUGUGGUGUAUCGCCGCCAGGGUUCAACAUUCAGCUCACUUGUUGGGCAUUUGGCAGGCCCCACGCCCAUGGAUCCGCCGAGGUCGCAUCCGCACCGCGCCGUCCGGGGGCCACAUGCGCCGGGCGCGCGGGGCUGGCACGGCACAGCCUUGGUCACAACGGCAACGGGCUACCGGGCGCAUGCCGACCAACACCUGGGGUGAGGCUACCGAGCAGUCGUGCCAUCUGCUGUAUGCGUGUGCCGAGCUCUCGACUCCCUUUAUUCUAACCCAGGUCCAGCCCUACGACUACUCUAGGAUACGGUGUCUUCAAGGCGCCGUGCGCGUAAGGUGGUCGAGGUGGAGACUAACUUGGGCCCUCGCGUUGCUGACAGGCCAAGCUGCCAGAUUAUCCGUCGCCGAGCUUUCUCCCCCUCCUCGGGCCAACUGCGUCUCGUCCUAGCCAGGACCGCACAUCGUCGGCGGUAGCAAUGAUGGUGGUAAGCGGUGUUGAUGUUGGCGGCAGAGG